UAGACUGAUGGAGGUUGUAAACUCUAAGUCAGUCAGGUCAGUGAUGUUUGAGUUAAUAGAAUGGGUUUUACUCGGAAAGUGUUACAAUUCUAGAAAGGAGUAAUGUUUGCCCUGAAACAUUUGUUUAUAUUCUUAGCUGUAGUAAUGUACUUGUGCACAAUCCUAAUUUGGAUGCCAUGAAAGAGGAUAUACUUUACCAUUUCAACUUGGGGACAGCUACACAUGAUUUGCCAGCCAUGUUUGGAGAUGUCAAGUUUGUAUGUGUAGGUGGCAGCCCGUGGAGGAUGAAGGCAUUCAUAGAGUUCAUCGGUCAUGAGUUGGGCAUGGCUGAGCCUAAAGCUGAUUACCCCAACAUCUGUGCAGGGACUGACCGCUAUGCCAUGUACAAAGUGGGACCGGUGCUCUCAGUCAGUCAUGGAAUGGGGAUUCCCUCAAUAGCCAUCUUGCUUCAUGAACUAAUCAAACUCAUCUACCAUGCUCGCUGUACUGACGUCACAGUUCUGAGAAUUGGAACGUCCGGCAGAAUAGGUACAUUUUUAUUUCUGCACAAAUAUCAUAGAGAGGGCACCAAACCAAGAGGGUGCAGAGAGCCUCACGGGACAGCUGGCAUCCCACCUAAAGAGACCUGGCUGCAGACCUUUUCUGACUACAGGUCGAGAGAGCUGAGGUGCCAGAAGGAAGCCAGAUCCUGA